CCCCCGCCUCCCUCCUCUUUCCUUCCAGACCCCUGUUUCCUGCCCUUAGACCCCCUCCUCCCCUCUCCCCGAUCCCUGCUUCCAGCUCCCAGACCCCGGAUCCUUGCUUCCAGCUCCUCGCUCCCAGAUUCCUGCCUCCAGCUCCUUGCUCCCUGCCUCCAGCCCCCUGCUCCCAGAUUCCUGCUUUCAGCUCCCAGAUUCCUGCUCCCAACUCCCCUCCCCCAGAUUCCUGCUCCCAGAUCCCAGCUCCCAGAUCCCAGCUCCUUGUUCUCCGCCCCCAGAUUCCUGCUCCCAGCCCCCAGCUCCUUGCUCCCUGCUCCCAGAUUCCUGCUCCCUGCUCCAGUUGAAUCAGCAAUUUGGCCGCCAAGCUCCGGCAGCCCCGAAGCCCCAGGCAGAGGAGGAGGAGGAGGGGGGCGAGAGGUUCUGGCAGGAGCCCCCUGCUUGUUGCGACGCCUCCCGAUCGGCUGCCGGGGGGUUAAAUUUUUUAUGACUUUUUGAAGAUGUUUCCAGAGCACAAGAAGCGGAAUUUGUGAGCGUCUGGGUCCGAGAUCCCAGGAUUCAGAAGGAAGAUUUUUGGCACUCCUAUAUUGACUAUGAGAUAUGCAUUCACACAAAUAGCAUGUGUUUUACAAUGAAAACAUCCUGUGUUAGAAGACGUUUUAAAGAGUUUGUGUGGCUUAGAGAACGACUUCAAAGCAAUGCAUUGCUAAUACAAUUACCGGAACUCCCAUCGAAGACCCCCUUUUUCAACAUUAACAAUCGCCAACACGUGGACCAGCGUCGGCAAGGCUUAGAAGACUUUCUCAAGAAGAUACUACAAAAUGCAUUAUUGCUUUCGGACAGCAGGCUUCACCUCUUCUUACAGAGUCACCUAAGUUCCGAAGAUAUUGAAGCAUGUGUAUCUGGACAGACAAGGUACUCUGUUGCUGAAGCCAUUCAGAAGUUUGCCUCUUCGAACAGACGCUUCCCCGAAGAAGAUGGAGAGAGAAAAAAGGAAAAGAAUUAUCUAGAUUCUGACUCAGAAAGUUCAUCCUCCGGGCUUGGACACAGUAGUGAUGACAGCAUUUCACAUGGAUGUGAAAUAAGCACGGCUCCCCAAGAAUCCUGAAAAAUACAUUUUAUGUUACUAUUUUAGGAAUAGCAAAUUAUGUCCAUGUUCUAAAGAAGGGGGUUUGCUAACAAUAGGUACUUAUCAAAGCUCCUUGUGAAAUAACCUUUUUUUGUCAUUAGUUUCAAAACUGUUUGAUUUUUAAGAUUUAUCAGUGGUAUUCAGAUUUAUUACUUUGAUUUUGUAUAAUGUUGUUAAGGUAUAUUUAACUGAAAAACAUAACAGGACAUAGUGGUUGUUAGAGACUCUUUCAAUACUCUUCCAUUACAUUUGUUUUUAAGAUACAAAAUCCCGUUGCAAUUACUUAAAACAACUGGCGUAUACGUGCACUUAAAAACUAAGGCAAAAUAUCUUCAUUGCUGUAACAUGGGCGUUUCAUUCAGAACACAUUUGAAGUCUGCGACAUGAUUUUGGAGGCUAUAAGAUAGGCACUGUUUCAAAGAGUGUUAAAUGUAAACCAGAUGAGAACUGUGGAAAAAAACAAAUGCUGCUUAUGUUUUGUGACUUCCACUUCUGCAUGGGGUAAACAUUUUUGUAAUACACAAGGUGUUUUAGGUUGAAAUGUUUUAAAUUAAAGAUAGCUAACCUUCCUAAAAUGCUAUUUAUCAGAGACAGAAUAUACAACUUACUACUUCAGGCAUGUAUUAAAAAACUGGUGACUUCAAAACAAACUAAAUUACAUAAGAUUACUAAUUUUAUUCCUACUUGUAGUCAAGCAGUCUCAGUAAUAUAUCUUCUCAGAGGUUGUUUGAAAAAAGCAUGUUUGAACAUUAAUAUUCAAUUUUUAUUAUGCAGUUUGCACGGUAUGUUGUAUAACUCAGGUUUCUUUACUCUAGUACAUCAUAUUUCUUGGUAAUAGAAAUAUUUCAAUGCAUGGAAGAUGAUCAGUUAAUAUUUAUCUACUUAAAGACAGAGUUUCUACCAAACAUCAAUGGGGCCUUUUAUGGAAAAGUACCAUGAUAAAGUUUAAAAAACAUUCAUUUGAAUUUCAGAAUUAGACUACAGUCUGAUCAUCAUUAAAAAUUGGGUGGAAUUUUUUUUCUUCUUCCUUUAAAGGCUUACACCUGAGAACUAGUGUAAUUUUAUAAACGUGUCCUUUAAUGGCCACUGGAUAAUAUCUCUUAGGUGGCUACUUUGAGCUACCAUUUUCUGUUGACGACUGCACUUUCAUAAGAUAAUUAUCUAAGUUUCUUUUACUCACUUUGUUGAAUUGCACAAAAUAUCUUUUCCCAAUCUCUGCUUGUCUGGGAGACUAGCGGGCAGAUAUUUCCAUAGAACUGGGAUAACUUGUUGCUUUAAUUAAAUGUUAUCAGUCCUUUCUUGAAGCUUGUAGGAGUAUAGCUGCAAAAAAAAAAAAAACCAACAAAAAAACCCCAGCCUUUCCGUUUCAUUUCAAUCCUUAGUUAGUUUUCUGGCAUUAAUAAACAACUCCCUGAAAGAUAAACAUAAACACUAGGGAUAGAAAUUAUUUAAUUUCUCCCUCUAGCUUCAGUGUUUGGCCUGCAAUAUCAUCAGAUUUCUGGCUGUAAUUUGAUUUAGAGUGGUUUGGGCCCUUUUCCUGGAUAACCCGAAAGUAGGAAAAUUAAGGAGCUUCUUUGAAUUUACUAAUUAAUUAGGUGUUACACUGUUGUGUUUUUAAUGUAUGCAUUGGCAGGUACUGUUUUAUUUGCAGAAACAUUGUUUUAGAUCACUUUUACAUGGACAUCAAAUCUGAGGUUUUAAAUAUUUAUAAUACUUUGUUGUUGUGGACCCUAUUUGCUAAACAGUACAUUCUGUUUUCAAGUUAAGCAUUGGAGAAGAAUGUGCAUUUGAUCAUUUGGCCUAUUUGUACAUACUUUGUACAUACUAAUAAAUAAAUAAACACCAAUGUUUUGGAAUUCAUUUUA